AUGCGCCCGGGGCUCGAUAAACCGGGCGCGCUCCCUCUCCUGGCGCUGAUUGUCUUCUCAUUAUUGACUCUCGUGCCGUCGCUGUCGAGUAUCUACAAUAUCAAGUUCGCGGACUUUAGUUACUUUACCGGCGGAGCUCGCAAGCUUCCCCUGAUUCAAGAUGGCGUCGCUGCAUUCCCACCGGAGACACCUCCCAUGGACCCUCAAAAGUCGUGGGUAAUGACUGCGCAAUAUCGUACGCGUGGAAAUCGCAUACUACGCUCUUCACGAUCUAAUGGCGCACCGUCAGUGCCCGGCGAAGUGACCCCGGUCGAGAACAAAAGCCGACUCUCCUAUACCGCCCCCGAAUCAUCAUCAUUCAUGUUCGGUCGACGUGCUCGCGCAUUUCGAACAUACUUCAUACAGCAAUUAGAUGACUAUCAACUAUUCACCUCCUUUUCCAACCGAAGUCUCCCCGCCGCUCCCACAAUCCUCAACCCCCCUCUCACGCCCUCUAAUGCCUCUCCUCUACCUACCUCAAUUGACGACCACCGCUCCGAAACCACGCCUUACCCCGAUAAUAACUCUUCCCCUCCCUAUACGUCCCCCAGGGAGGAAACGGGACUGCAGAUCCCGACCUUGUGCAACAAUUGGCAGCAGGUCUGCCGCAGGGCGAUUGGCCUUUGGGAACACGCCAAGCAUACUGCAUCUAUUUCCCGGGUGCAACCUCUAAUUCAGCUCGGAUCCAAAUACCUGGAAUCAAUGCUCACAUCACAAAACGCGACUGCCGAGCAAUUGGCAACAUUACCCCGUUCUGCAAAAGAUGGGCCGCAUGCGAGUACUGGCGGUCCGGGUCUCGCGGCCCAGAACCAGAAGCUACAAGCGCCGAGUGAUCAGCCUACAGACGCUGCUGCGCAUACGGCAGAACUGCGGGGCAGCUGCAUGGCCAUAGUCAUCGGCCUAGUAGCAGGGAUCAUGUGGUUCUAG